GAAAAGGGGAAAGACAAAGAGCAAGAGACAGACAAAGUGAAGGUGACAGAGAAACAGACAGAAAAAGUGGAAGAAAAAGGGGAGACAGAAAAGGGGAAAGACAAAGAGCAAGAGACAGACAAAGUGGAGUCGGUGCAGGUAAAAGAAUCACCAGAUAUAUUGGCAAAGACGGAUAAGGUGGACAAAACAGAGAAAGUGGAAAAAGUGGAGGUUAAAGAAACACUAGAAAGCAAAGUGGUGAAAACAGAGAAUGUGGAGAAAGUGGACAACAUUGAAGAAAAAACAAACAAAAACCCUGAGAAGCUUGAGAAAACAGAGAUGAAGAAUGGCAAAGAGCAGCACAUGGACAAAGUGGAAAAGACCCCCGAGCAACAUCCGACACACGACAAGCUCGAUACCAGUUAUGAGCUGGAAAAGAAGGCUGACAUAGAGACAAAGAUGACAGCAGAGAUGAAAGAAACUGAAAAAGAAACAGCAGACACAGACGAAGCAAAGAAGACGGAGAAAGAGGAUGAGGUGGAGAAGACAUCUGAGAAGCCAGGGAAAAAACAGACGCAGAAGAGUGAAAAGGAAGAGAAGCAGGAUAAAAUGCAGGCCAACAAAAAGGUUGUGGAGAAAAAGGAUGGCAAGAAGGAGAAUGCUGCAAAAGCAGACGAAGACAAGGCCAAAAAAUCUAAACCUGUAACUAACGGAAGCAGGGCCACUCCAAGCAGAGACCUGGCAAGUGCAGAGAAGAAGGCCAAGGCUAAUGCUGGGUCAAACAAACCAAGUGCUGUGUCCAAAAUGCGGCCGAGUUCCUCUUCUGCUGGUGGUUCAGUCACAGGCCUUACUAAGCGCCCCACACCCUCCACCACCACCUCCAUCUCAGACAAAAAAACAACCACAGCCAGGGCACCAUCCACAGCCGCUGCUGGUCCAAAGCGGUCCUCCACCAGUUCUAGCGGUCACCCUGCCUCCUCAAACACCAUCAUUACACGUGAUGUCAAACCCAAGACGACCACAGAGAAGUGCCCCCUUGUGCCAAAGGCCAGCACUGCCAUCUCAAAACAAGCAGGCUCCUCUGCUGCCACCAAAAAUGGAACCGCUAUCACAGCAGCCAGUAAAACUGCUACAUCAGUGCGUGCAAUGCCGUCUACCCGCACCACUAGUACCUCUGCAGCCAAAAGGCCUCUGGCCUCAAAGACAGACAGCAAACCAGGAGAGGAUAAGAAGCCUGCCGCUCUGAAGACUUUUACAGCCGACUCUACCAAGCCCAAGACCACCACCACCACCCGCAGCACUGCUUCUACCACUGCUGCCCUUCACACCCGCACCACAGCAGCCAAACUAGCCACACAGUCUUCCACCACUGGCACAGUACCAGAGAAGAAGCCCCCGGUGCCCCGUGCCUCCCGGGCCAUUUCCUCAACCACCACCACCACCACCACCUCCAGGGUGACAGCUCGCCCUGGCACAGCACCACCCCCCGACAUCCGUAAUGCCCGCUCUAAGAUUGGCUCAACAGACAACAUGAAGCACCAGCCUGGAGGAGGGAAGGUGUCAUCUGCAUCUAAGAGCAGGGCUGUCGCCUCCAAAGAAACGAGCCAGGGCAAAGUUCAGAUAGUCUCCAAAAAGGUGGACUUCAGCCACGUCACUUCACGCUUGGGCUCCAAGGACAAUAUGAAGCAUGUUCCUGGUGGAGGGAAUGUGCAGAUACUCAGCAAGAAGGUGGAUCUGAGUAAGGUGACGUCAAAGUGCGGCUCGAAGGACAACAUCAAGCACAAGCCUGGUGGUGGUGACGUGAAGAUUGAGUCCCACAAGGUGAGCUUUAGGGAAAAGGCUCAGUCCAAAGUGGGCUCCGUGGACAAUGUGAGCCAUUCACCUGGUGGAGGAAACAUCAAGGCUGAGGAGGCCCAGGAGACAACGGAGGGGAACGGGACUCCUUUGAGUGGCACCACAGCCUCAGCCCCAGGCUCCGAGCCAGGACUGGCAGAGGGCCCUGCUGCCCAGGAGAAUGGGCUGAAGCAGGGGGCUACCUGUGGUAGUGAAGGCCUCCAGGAGCCCCAAGCUCUGGACUCACUCAUCCCAGAGACAAAUUGAGUGUUUCGAGCUCAACUUCCUCUGGAACGCUCGCUUUCGCACGGACCACGGCGCUGACAUCAUCACCUGGCCAGCCACCCCCCCCAAGGACAUCAACAGUUCCCACCCACUCGGUUCCUUCUUUUCUCUACACCAGAACCAAAACCGGACUCCUCGUGGUGUCUCCCUCGUUGAAUCAUUGGCUUCUGCGAGCUGUGUCAGAUCCUCUGCCCCUUUGCAGCUCCCUUGACAUAUCUUGCCCCCAUCAAGCUCCGAAAACCCCAUUUAUCUUAAAUCUGUCGUUACAAAUGUUUUAAUCAUCCAACAGUUCUACCACUCUAGUAUCAAAACUUAAUGUUAUCAUGCUUCUUCUCUCACAUCUGAGCUCAUCAUCAUGCGCCGUCAUUGCCAUCCCUACCUUCCUAUUUUUGGCUGAAGUGACUGUAGACUAAGCUUGGGCCUUGGUAGGAAUCUGCGUGGAGGAAAAUGAGGGGCUUUUCUCACAUAUUUGGUUGUGUCUUCUCGAAGUUGGCUGACCUGGAAUCAAUUACAUGGAUCCUCUUUACCCACAGCCUGGUGGUGGACUCCAACCCUCACCUCCACACACCAAAUAACAGCAGCGUGCAAUUCAUAUGUCAACUGAGCAGCACAGAAAUCCUCUCGGACUCACCUAUGACUAUCAUACACAUAUCGUCUCUUUUCCUUGUGACCUUUGAGGCUGUUCCCAAUAACCACUUACUCUCUUCUUCAAUAACAUCAUGGUAAUUCAUUAUCCAUCUCAUCUGCUUCAUCGCUUCUUCUCUCCUUAAUAUCACUUACGAUAAACAAGCUGACAAAAAAAGCUAGACAACAAGUAGGCUGUUUGAAGCAUUUUAGGCUGUUUAAGUCUGUAUUCUCUGUGUUCGUGAUGAUGUGUUUGAGUGACAAAGAUGUUUUGCUUUCGUGUUCUGUUCAGAUCUUCUGUUUUUCUCGUUUUCUUUCUUUCUUCCUAGUUUCUAUAUUUUAAAACAAUGUUUUAUUUAUUUAUUGUAUUUGUCUUCCUGUACAAGCAAUUCAGUGGGUGGUCGUUUUUCCCAAUAGCACUCAGAUAACUCUUGGAAACACGCACAGAUUACCAAGACACACAGUGAAGGAAAUGAUAUUCAGAGGGAGGAAGAAAGUAAGAGCUGCCAAGGCUGAAAAUGGAUAUGUUUAUGACAAAAAGUGAAAGACAUGUUGAAAAGUGUUUGAAAGGCAAUAGAGGGAGUUUGCUAAACUAGAGAAGCUGAGCCUGCAGUCCAGAGGGAGAUGAGGAAGAUGUCUAAAUGUCGCAGAUAGCAAACGUCUCUGAAGUCAAAGGAGCUGUGUGCCUCCUGUCCUUCUUACCUGAAUAUUGCAAUAAAUGAGGACGAUGCAGGCUCAAGCCAAAAACUGCUCAGAGUAAGAAAAUAUCAUAGUUAACUGAAUGGACAUAUAACAUUGCUGUGAGGGUUAUGGUAGCAUGUUGUUGGGCAGUUGAGAAAGGUUCGACUGAAUACAAAAACAUAGUUAACAUGUGUAGGGCACUUUCUUGUUGAAGUAAUGGCAGUGGAACAUGAUGUGGCUUUAUCUUCUUUUGUAACAAUGUAUUCAAUUAUUGCCUUUAUAAUGCAUUGGCAGAUCAUUUUAUAUCAUGCCCAGGGCUGAAAGCCUAUGUGCAGUAUGACUCAAAGUGUUGUAGUUUUACCAUAUGUGUAUCUCUGGGGCAAUCCUACAAAGUUGAUAUGUUGUUACCGUAAAACAUCAAUUAUUAGGCCGAUCUUUUAUUUGCUUUAAUCACUGGACUCACCCUACCUCUAUUUGGGACCGGCCUUUAAUUCCUUUCUCACAAAACUCUUGCUCAGCAAAGAUGGGAAAUAGGCUAAUAUCAAGUUCUUUAUUUAAACCAGUAUGACUAUUAUUUACUUAAUAAAAAUCAGGCUAUCGAAUAACAUCAAUUACGAAUCAUUAAUUUGAUCUAGCUCAGAGAGACAGCGCAUCUAGACCAACCUCAUGCACAGACAGCAGAGAGAGAUGCCAUUAUCAGAAUACCGCUAGCCUACCUUGAAAUCCGAAGGUUACCAUAGUUAUUUCAACUUGGAUACAUUUUUAUGAAAAACACAAGCAGCCAUACAAGACUUUGCCUAAGUAAAACACAAUUCUAAAUAAAGUGUUUUAACCUAAUCAGAAAUUAGUUAAUCAGAUAAUAAUAGGUAAAGAAGAUCAUGAAUCUCACCAAACAUUUGAUCCCAACCGUUGUUUUAACUUGUCGACGCUAUGGACACAUUUCGGUUGAUCCCAAUAAAGUUCAGUCACCAGCGCAAAUGAUAGCAUACAGUAUAUACGACUUCCAGUUUUGAUUGUGUUUGCGUUACACUUUUGUUUAAUUUUAGUAAAGAUUGCCAAUAAAGAAAAUUCAACAAAAAUCAAGCAUGAUUAUGGCACAUACCUUGGCAGAUUUUGUUGAUUUUCAGGUCUUCAUUUUUAAAUUUAAAGCCCAAAGCUCCAUUGACUGCUCCGACAUCAAACUACAAAAACACUCCUGAGUUUUUCUAUUCAAAUUGUAAUAGUAAUCAUUUGUAAAGAAGCCUUGACAGAACUAAAUUGCACCUUAUUGCUUUAAUAUAUCAAAGAGGGCUCACCGUGAUGGAGUGGUUGUAUUUAAUUAACCAUCACCCGUCUCUGAACAAGUGAUCAUAAAUGACUUAAUUAUGAAUGACCUUUUGCAUGAUGACAUGAAUAGAGCAAUAAACUUAAUUACAGUGGCCUCAUUUUUCCUCUACUUUUCAAUCAUAAAACGCAGUUCAACUCAGAAUUUGUAAUUAUUUUGCUUUACAGUGGAAACCCUUCAUAAAAUCUUAAAUUUUUUUUCUUUUUUUUUAAUUAAGGCUUUUACAAAUUGUCAAUUUUUUGGACAAAAACGGGCAAUAUUAAUUAAUGUCUUCUAAAAGUGGGAAUGUUCCAAAUGCAGAUGUUUGAAUGCUUGUUUGCCAGUUGAGCAUUGAGUGACGGAAUCAAAUAGGUCACUUGCUUUGUUUGUGCCACGGCUGCUGCCUAGUUAAAUUUGUCCUGGUGCCUAUCCACAACCAGGUUUUAGCUUUGCUUUUACCCCAGAGUUUUUACUUACCAUUACCUAUGAAAUUGCACACGGAUGUAUAUAGAUAUUUUGUUGUUGAUGCACUCUUUUUGGCCCUAAAAAAAGACAGUAUAGCAUCAGGGGGGUUUGGUGGGUGGGGGGGUUUAUGGAUUGUUCAAAACCGUUUUUAUGUCCAUGUACCUUCAUGGUUCUAAGGGGAGAAAGUGUUUUAUCAUGACUAUUAUUCUGAUUAUUAGUCUGACAAAUUGAAAAGGUCUGCCUUUUUCAUUAGAAAGGGGCCACUGAAGUGAAAGAAAAUCUUAUGAGAUAUAUUGUACUAAAGAGGCAACACUUUUGUAUAUGUAUUUAUCGUUGUGUUCCUGUAGCCUCACGGUGGGUCUGCUUACCUGAUUAAAGGGAUUAUACUUUUGAUUUGUGACCAGCCAGUUUCACAAACUGUGUCCAAGGGUGUGCACAACAAGAUCUGAACCCAAUACAACACUUAUAGUCAAGCUGCUGUUAGUGCUUAAGUAAAAUUUACUUAGAUAGAUUUUAUUUAAGCACUCUAACAGCAGCUUUAUUAAGAAAUGUCGAUCUGGCAACAUAGAGCUUGAUUUUUUAUAUUUUAUUUUGUAGUGCACAAUAAUGCUUACACACAGUUCAUGCCGCAAGUAGUCUAUAGAUGAAGAAUGUUCUGACUAGCUGGUAAACUUAUCGUUCAGGACACAGUGACCUCUGCAGGUUUACAUGAUUAAAGAACAAAGCUGAAUGGGACUAAAGCUAAUGCACUUGAAUCACGACAAUUUACAUCACAGUGGGCACAGGGAAUUUCUUGUCCAAGCAAGCACUAAGUGUAAAGGUCAAUGUAUCGGCCUAUGAAUUUGUUUACUGCAUAUCAAAAUAUUGGCUGCUACCUAUGGCACUCAAAAAACAGCAGUCCUGAAAAAAUCACAUAUCCCUAACAUAUCUUUGUCUAGGUUAAGAAGGUUAAGUUUAGUUUUGAGGUUUGUGUAAUAAAUGCUCAUCAGUAAUAUAUCCAAGGAACAUUGUAGAGCUUCAUCUACAGCCAUGGCAUGCAUACCAGACAUACAAGAGCGACACUAGCUAAUAAACACAUACUGUACCUGCAAAGCAUGAUGAAAAACAAUGAGGUGUGUUAACUGGGCGACUUAUAUAGUUUAAAGAACCUCCUUGUUUUUUUGUUAUUUUAUCUUUUCCAUUCAUUUGAAUUUUAUUUUUUGGUUUGAAAAUAAAGUGUUAAUUGUGAUUACUUGUUAAUUAGUGAUGUGAUUGUUGAACAUGAAAUAAAAUGGACUAAAAUUCU